GUCUUUUUGUCUCUGUGGAGUUUAUUUUCGUAUUAUGAAUUAUCGUUCAUGGUCAAUAAUCAACAAAAUGCGAAUUUUUAAUUUCUUAUCAAAAAAAGUUGGAGAUUUAACUCUUAAAUAUUCGAAUCUUCCAGAAUCCUACGUUAAAAGAAGUUAUGAACAAGUUUACUGGAAAACUCCUAAAGGCCAUCCCCAAUACACCGAUGCACAAGUAGCACGUAAAAGCUACCGUUUUACCACAUAUCGACCGUGGACAGUACAAUUCGCGCGACAAAAUGAACGCGGCACUAGAAGAAAAAAAGUUUUUAUAGAGCCAAUUGGGGAGUGGAGCUUUUUCAAGGGUGAUCGAGUUGAGAUUAUGGUUGGCAGGGAUAAAGGAAAGCAAGGAAUUGUCAUGCAAGUAAUACAAGAAAGAAAUUGGGUUAUUGUUGAAGGGCUUAAUACAAACCUAAGAGUUGUGGGAAAAGACAAAGACUUUCCAGGUAUAGUGGUACAAUCAGAGGCACCACUUUUAGUCACUACUGAUGUCAAACUGGUUGAUCCUGAGAGCCUGAAAGCGACAGAAAUUGAAUGGAGAUACACUGAAGAUGGAGAAAAGGUCCGUGUGUCAAAAUCAAGUAGUAGAAUUAUACCAAUACCAAAGUCAGCCGAGGAAACCAUAGAUUACAAAAGCAAGAUGCUCUACAUAGAGAACCCCGAUAAAGACACCGUUGCUGAUGAUGCUGCUAAGAUUACAUUUUCACCAAAACUUCAAACAUUUGAAAUGGACGUAAUGGAAAGUAUGGGUAUUAAGGAGGAUCGGGUUCCCGCGAAAUCUUAUUGGUAUUAAAUAAAGUAGAAUAUUUUUAGUUAUAUUGUAUGUGAAUAUAAAUACAUAGUUACUUCAUUAA